AACAGUGGUGCUGAGUGUUUUGUUUGAAAAUUCAAAAUCUUGUGGUUUUUACAAGAGAGAUUCGAAUGUGCAGUCGAUCUAAGACUAUAUAAUGCAGGCAAGCCAUAAAAUUGUUGUGACUUUUGACAUCACCAUCCAAAACUAGAAGGACCAACGCGCCAUAGUUACUCCAAUGGGUCGCAGAUGAGAAGUUUGACAAGUGCUCCUACGAUUAUCAGUGCAUGAUAUUCACUUGACUGUCAUAUGGCCGGAUCAAACACGUUUGGAAAUCACUGGUGUAUUGUCAGCGUGGAUUCCUGCAGGAACAAGCCAAAUCAUCCAUAACUGAGUGCCAAAAUAACACAGUAGUGCACAUCAAGAAUGGCGCAGAGCUGGAAUUCGACAGCAAAUAGACGUCAUUUACCAUCUAAUACUUCGCGUGAUAACGCCGAACCAGAGAAAAAUGACGCCCUCCUUCCAAGGAGAUUCACAAAGGCCACGAUCGGUGUCCUAGUUGUGUCUGGUGUAGUAGUGGUCGGUUUACAGUCUUACAUCUUUUACAACUUCACGCAAAUGUACGAUGGCAACAGUCUUCCCAGUUCAAGCUAUAGCAGUUCCUGGGAUGUUUUGUACACGGCCAUGGCCAUGAGCAGCGGUUCGGCUAACGCCCUGGUCGGAUUUUUCAUGGCCUGCGUCAUCAAAGCUCGUAGGCGGCUCAUGAUGAUAUUCGGCACUGUCCUCACAGUUGUCGCCGCUGCCGCAUCGGCCCUGGCCGGCUUUUACGCCAUCGCGGAGCAGCUCAAACUCUACAACAAUCAAGAGAUACCGCAACAUGUUUGCGUUGGUGCUGACGCUUACGAACCUUUAAAAACCGACUGUAUCGCCUGGUGGUGGCUGGAAUUGACAGUUCUUAUUUUUAGCGGUUUCGCACUGAUUGCCAAUUUCGCUUGUUUCGUCAUCCUGUGCAUUGAUUUGUACGGCGGACACUAUCGCCAAAAGCUGCAACGAGCGCCACCAUUUUUGGAUGUUGCCGGUUCAGUCAAGUCGGGAUCUACACAAGUUCAUUCAAUCUACGAUGAUCACAGCACAACAAGAUCAGACCAGUGGAUUCCACGAGUUAACAGUUUCCAGUCUGGUAAAUCAAGUGACAUAAUGCGCAGGUUCCAAUCUGAAAUUGACAGGACAAGACCUCGCGAUAAGCAACAAAUAGUUUCACAAAAUCCUAGUCUGUACCAAAAUCGACCGAGUUUACCGAUCGUCAUCCGCAAAAAUACGAGCUCAAUCUAUUUCUAUUAAUUAUGUCUAUGCUGGUAAAUGAAACCAUUUAGCUUUUGCUGCAACUGCAAUUCUUUCAGAGGGGCACACUGUUAUUUCUGUACUGUACAUAAAAUGUAAUUCAAUGAUUUCGAAAGGAAAAUAGUUCAUUAUAUAAGUUGAUACGUUGACGACUUUAUUUUCUUGAAACAUAACGACAAUACAACGUUGAGAAAGAU